AUGUUGGAUAAAGGCCUAACACGUAACCUUUUUCCGGUUCGUCCUUCGUCGGGUGGUAGGUCAUCGUCUUUGCCUAACCGUAGUGGCCUUCAACGCAUUCCUCUUACAGGUGGUUCUGUACCAGGAGUCAGGUCAUCACCUUUGCCUGAUCCUAGUGGCCUUCCACGCAUCCCUCUUACAGGUGGUUCAGUACCAGGAGCCAGGUCAUCACCUUUGCCUAAUCCUAGUAGCCUUCCACGCAUCCAUCUCACAGGUGGUUCUGUGGUUCAAUACCAGGAGCCACCUUUGCCUGAUCCUAGUGGCCUUCCACGCAUCCAUCUCACAGGUGGUUCUGUACCAGGAGCUAAGUCAUCACCUUUACCUGAUCCUAGUGGCCUUCCACGCAUCCCUCUUAUAGGUGGUUCUGUACCAGGAUCCGGGUCAUCACCUUUGUUUGAUCCUAGUGGCCUUCCACACGGUGGUUUUGUAUCGGGAGCGAGGUCAUCGUCCGACCCUAAUGGCCUUCCACGCAUCCCUUUGUCGAGUGGCCUUUCACGCACUUUAGUUAGGACGGCAAGGUCAGGAUUCUCAGGGAGUAGUAACAUGGGUGACAUAAAUACCCACAUGGGCUUGAUUGAUGCUAUAGCAGAUACAGGGGUGACGCCCCAUUAUUCGGGUACACAUGGUGGAUCAAAUGAUGCAAACUCGAAUGGCUCUCAUAGGCCACUUAUCACACGAAAGGGGUGUGGGAGACAAAGUAUUCAUCGGGCGAUUGUAAAGAUAUUUUGGCAGUCUAUAAAUGAACCUUGGAUUACUUCUAAAAAAAUUCUAAAGGAAGUUGUCACUCAAAUGUUUGAGCGUUUUAGGACUCAAUACCGGUGGGAUCCAAAUGAAGAAGGGUUAAUUCGUGAAGGGUUUGAGAAUACACUGAAAGAUCGCUACAGGGCCAAACAUACGGGUGGUAGCAUUGGAUUUGAGGAGCACCAUCUUAAAUUGAAACAGUUGACGGGUGAAGACCCCUCAUUCAUUGAUCUUUAUUAUAAAACACAUCUUACCGCCGAAUCAAAGAAAAUAUAUUUUGGGGGAGAUAAAGAGGCGCAAGUGGAUUUUGUGAAUGAGACAUCUAGAGAAUCAUAUAACACAGCCCUAUCUCAAAAAUAUGGUGAUGAUCCGACUCAACAUAAUGUGAAUGAUCCUGAAUUGUGGACCCAAACACAAUUGCUUAGGAACGGCGGGAAACAAAAAGGUCCUAUCUAUGGGGCAGGAUACUCGGAUCUUCAUUUUCUGAUGAUGGGUGCAUAUUCUUAUGAGUUAACUUCAGCUUUUGCUGACUUUGCAAAGUCACAACAGGAGGUAAAUGAGUUGCGACAAAAAAUGUCAAAUGCGAAAUGA